AUAUUUCCGAAACCGUUGUUUCAAACCUUGAGAAUAUUCUGGAAUUUUCGUGUUUAUUGAUUUUACCGGUUUUAAUUCGCAUUGUGAAAACCGCUGCAGUUUCGUCUGAUCUGUUAAUAUUUUUUGCAUAUCGCCAUCCGCUAUUGUGUGCCGUCUUGGAACAUUCCUUGCGUGUGGCGCGAUGAACGGUCAAAUUCUCAUCAAUCCAUCCCUCCAGCCUUAUGGAUACGGCUGCAGUAGUCUUCAGGUCGACGGAUUGGCGGAGAAAACCGAACCAGCCGACCUGUUCAAAGAGUUCAACCCUAUUGCUCCGGUUCUCGAAGUCAAAAUAUUUCGCGCUCCACCUGUAGCCUUCACAAUUUCACAGCGUUAUGCGCUUGUUACGUUUGCGUGUCCCGCCGACGUCCAAAAAGUGCUCGCCGUGUUCGCAUUCCGGCCAUUGUACUUGCAUGGGCGGCAUUUAAAAGUUCGGCAGAUUCUAAAAACUCCAUUGUCCCACAUCAAUCAAUCCACGCGACCUACACUGUCCUUGCCUUAUUAUGUGCAGCCACUGCAUACCAUGCUCCACCCUUUUUCGGGAAAUGUUGCAGCAGCGGGGAUUGUGCCUCUAUGCGCUGGUGUGCCUGGAUUACCAUAUGGACAACUGGUGAAUGGACGGGUGCAGCCAGCAGCCGCUCCGGCUAAGCCAGUUCAAUUCCUUCGGGCCUACUCAGAAAUGGACAACUACCGCGCUAAAAUUUACAACGCGCUGGUCAACGGAGUGUUGUUACACGGUUCUCUGACAAGCCUGGAAGCCGAGCAGCAGUUUUUUAACGAUUACGAUCCCUUAAUGCUCAAUGAAGCCCUGGAGAAGGCUGGCUACGGGACUCUGACCGACUUCGUGCAAGCCCAUCCCAAUGAUCUCGUUUUCAAGAAAACCUCCUUCGGCAUUGUGCUGCUACCUGGUCCGUCUCCAUCCGAAUUGGCCGUGCAGAAUGUGGAGCGCAUUCGGGCUGCCCAGCAGCAUGCCAAGCCGGAUCCGUUUAAUUCUGACAACGGAAUAAUGUCGCGAUCUGUCCAGCAGCGACUGCAGCAGAAUGGGCAUUGUGUUUCCAGUGGCACGGUUGGGCAAAAAUGUUCGAAUAGUGCAAAUGGUAGUCCGAUGAAAAACAAUACAUCGCCGGUGCGGAAAUGCCAAACAGAUACUGCCGAAACGGCGACCGGGACAGCGGAACAGAUUACGAUUCCCCACGGGCCACACUCAUCACCGAAGGAUUUGGAAGUAAUCAGUGAAUUCCGGAAAAAGAUGAACGCGCUGCUCGAACCUUUGUCGUGCAAUGUGCCGACUGAUACACGAUCUGCCAGCCCCCUCGCGGAAAAUUUGAUUGAUUGGGGCUAUGGUGAUGAGGACGCAAGGGAUGAUUUUUUUGCUAAUGUCCAGCAUGAUCCAGAUGUCCAAAAUGAGAACGAUAUUGCUUCGGAAGAGAGUGAAAAAUACACGGACAUUUCUCGCAGCUUUUGCGUUAAUGGUUCAGAAAACGAUUUAACCUCGCUCGAAGAUAAAGAGAAAUUUUCACUGGAUGUCUCGUUAGCGUAUUCCGCCAUCAGCUCGGUCUUCUCUGAUCAGUUGGAAGGCGACGGUAUGGAUGGCAAAGCUUGCGACGACCCCGUGCUGACCAUCCUGGGGAUACUGAAAAUAAUCUGAUUCAAAGCCAACCAUGCUCCAACUUCGAACUGCUGUCAGGAUUAUCCUUAGAAAACGGCGGAUAUUUUAGCGAUCAGUGUGAACCACUCGAACCGGUUUCAAAAUGGUCAGAAGAACAUUUAGUCUCUAAAGAUUCCAUUGACUUGGAGCUGACAGAGGCUUCGGACAUCGAUAAAGAGAAUGUCGUCAUUCAAGAAAAGAGCAGCGAAAACGAUAUUGGGAAUUGUAAUCGAACAGGAAACGUUUGGCGAGAUCGAUUUUGCCAUUAUUAUAAUCGACGAGGUCUUGUGGAGUCGCGUAACAGGAACUUUCUCAUCAUCACAUCUCUUUUUAAGGGAAAUUUUGUAAAUUAGUUUUUUGUAUUUCCCUCCGUUAAUCUUUCCGUUACUUUAGGUGGGUACAGUAACUUGCUUUUCAUCCUGUCUGCCACCGCUUUUAUGAGGGGAGGUUAGUCUCAAGUUACAUGACAUAGAGAUCGUUGUAAAAAAUCAUUAUUCAUUUGUAAAGUAACUUCGAACAUCUUUCUGGAUUUUCCUGACUUUGUUUUUUUCAGGCAACUGUUUGGGAUUAAAAGCCUAUAAACGUUUUGACUGGAAUUUUUACU